GACGCCUACCUAUAAAGCAUAAAACCCAAGCGCGUUGCUUCCUCUGAUCCGAAACGAACCUCAACAACGCUGAACGCAGAAAGGGGAAAAAGGGGAUUAGGGUUUAGGAAGCAGCGACAACAAUGGAUUUCACAGCGGAGAAGAAGGAAUCAGAGAGCAACACCGAAAAUGCUCAUCCAACAACUUUAGAUUCUUCUUCUCAAUUGGCAUCGGCACUUGAUUCCAGCAACAAAGAAAUCGAAGAACGACAAGCUCGUGAACUCAAAGCCGGUCUUCACCCCCUCAAGCACAAGUUUGUCUUCUGGUACACGCGCCGAACACCUGGAGUUCGAAAUCAAACAUCAUACGAGGACAACAUAAAGAAAAUUGUUGAAUUUAGUACGGUUGAAGGAUUUUGGGUCUGCUACUGCCAUCUUGCUCGUCCCGCUUCUUUACCUAGUCCAACAGAUUUGCACCUUUUCAAGGAAGGAAUCCGUCCUCUAUGGGAGGACUCUGCUAACUGCAAUGGUGGUAAAUGGAUUAUACGAUUCAAAAAGGUUGUCUCAGGUCGUUUUUGGGAGGACCUGGUUCUUGCCUUGGUGGGUGACCAAUUGGAUUAUGGGGAUAACAUAUGUGGUGCAGUACUUAGCAUUCGAUUCAAUGAGGAUAUAUUGAGUGUCUGGAAUCGCAAUGCUUCGGACCAUCAGGCUGUAAUGGCUCUGAGAGAUUCAAUCAAACGUCACUUAAAGCUUCCACAUAGCUAUGUUAUGGAGUACAAGCCCCAUGAUGCCUCUCUGCGAGACAAUUCAUCUUACAGGAACACUUGGUUGAGAGGCUAGAGAUUCAAUUGUGUUCUUGCCAAAGUCCCCGCCGUGGAAGCUACAUUGCAUAUUGGUGCAGCUUUCACUCAGCCAGUUAAUCAUUGGCUUCGGUCUAGUGAUAGUGAUGGUGCUGGGUGUUCCAGGACUGGUUUCUGUCUUUUGAAUUCAAUGUACGACAGCUACAUUGCUACUACUUUAAAUAGUUUCAUUUGGUUACUUGCGGUUCACUCUAAUUUUGUGUAAUGUGUCUCUUAGUUUUUGUAAAUAAACUCGUUCGUCUUGUUGCUUUUCACCUCGCUUAUGGAGAGAAUCAUGGCUUUUCUCUCCCAUGAUGUAUGAUAGAUUACUUCUGUAGCGCAUUUUUACAUAAAGGCAUUAAUCCUUUUAACUGAGACGAUCAA